UCGGCAGGUGUGUUUGGGCGAUAGCAUGGUUGAAAAAGUGACCCGAGAAUGUGUGCUUCUUCACACUGUCUAUGAACAACAUUUUGAUGAAGAACCUCAAACUCAUCCUCACCCAAGCACAAGCCCAAGCCAAAGAUCCCGACUCCUAUCUGAAGCCCGUGUUCUACGCCUCCCUCCUACAAGACUGCAUCAAAGCCCACUCCUUCGUCCAGGGCACCCUCCUUCACGCCCACGUCCUCAAAUCGGGCCUCCUUGCCGACCGCUUCCUCGCUAACAGUCUACUCUCCCUAUACUUCAAACUCUCCCCACACUUCUCCCAGGCCCGCACUCUCUUCGAUGGGCUUUCCUUCAAAGAUGUCAUUGCAUGGACCUCCAUUAUCUCCGGCUAUGUCAGGAAAGCCCAGCCCACCCAGGCCCUCCGCCUCUUCCUCCAAAUGCUCCGCCUCGGCCUUCAUCCCAACGCCUUCACCCUUUCCUCCCUCAUCAAAGCCUCCUCCCAGCUCCCAAACCUUCCCCUUGGCAAGGCCCUCCAUGGAAUCGUCGCCACCCGCGGCUUCCACUCCAACUGCGUCGUCGCCUGCGCGCUAAUCAACAUGUACGGGAGGACCAGCGUGGUCGACGACGCGCGCAGGGUUUUCGACGAAUUGCCCCACCCGGACCCGGUCUGCUGGACGGCCUUUAUCUCCACGUUGGCGCGUAAUGACAUGUUCAGGGAGGCCGUGGGGUUGUUUUCCGUUAUGCACGACGGAGGUUUGGGGUUGGAGGUUGAUGGUUUUACUUUCGGAACACUGUUGAACGCGUGUGGGCACUUGGGGUGGCUGAGGAUGGGGAGAGAGGUGCAUGGGAAGGUUCUGACUUUGGGGAUGCGUGGGAAUGUGGUUGUGGAGAGUAGUUUGUUGGAUAUGUACGGGAAGUGCGGCGAUGUUGGGUGUGCGAGGGUAGUGUUUGAUGGGUUGGAGGGGAGGAAUUGGGUGUCUUGGACUGCUAUGCUUGGGGUUUAUUGUCACAAUGGAGAAUCUGAGAGUGUGCUUGGUCUUGUUAGGGAGUGGGGGGUGGUGGAUGUUUAUAGUUUUGGGACGAUUAUCCGUGCGUGUUCGGCGCUGGCUGCGGUGAGGCAGGGGAAGGAGGUGCAUUGCCAGUAUGUGAGGAAGGGUGGGUGGAGGGAUGUGGUGGUGGAGUCUGCUUUGGUUGAUAUGUAUGCGAAAUGUGGGAGUGUGGAUUUUGCAUAUAGGUUGUUUUCGAGGAUGGAGGUGAGGAAUUUGAUCACAUGGAACUCCAUGAUUGGAGGGUUUGCGCAAAAUGGGAGAGGGCAAGAGGGAUUGGAGUUGUUUGAGGAGAUGGUGAAGGAGGGAGUGAGUCCGGAUGGGAUCAGUUUUGUGAAUGUUUUGUUUGCGUGUAGUCAUAAUGGUUUGGUUGAUCAUGGGAGGAGGUAUUUUGAUUUGAUGAAGAGGGAGUAUGGGAUUAGGCCUGGGGUGGUGCAUUACACUUGCAUGAUUGAUCUUCUUGGAAGGGCUGAGUUGAUACAGGAGGCUGAGAGUUUGCUGGAGGCUGCUGAUUGCGGGUAUGAUCAUCAUUCGGUUUGGGCGGUUCUGCUUGGAGCUUGCACUAAGUGUUCGGAUUAUAUCACAGCUGAACGUGUUGCGAAAAAGAUGAUUCAGCUGGACCCUGAAUUCCAUCUGAGUUAUGUUUUGCUUAGUAAUGUUUAUAGAGCAGUUGGCCGGUGGAAUGACGCCCAAGAGAUCAGAAGGAUAAUGGAGGAACGAGGGGUUAAGAAGAUGCCUGGCACGAGCUGGGUUGAAAGUGAGAAGCAAAAGGGUUCUCCUAGUUUUGAUUUGAGCAUUGUUGGGAGGAGCAUGGGAGAGGUUGCGUGAUGUUAGAUAGUAAUUGUUAGAAGUUCUACAUCGAUUAGAGAUAAGGUCAAUUCAGUGUAGUAUACAUAAGUGGAUACAAACAUUAUCCUACAAACCGAUUUUGUGGGGUUAAGUUAGGCUAAAGUCCACUUUCAACAGUAAUAGGCCGGUUGAGUUCUGUUGAUAUAGUUGGUAGACUGAUUUAGCCUAGAAUGAACACUCGGUUUAUUUUUGGUAUCAUGGAAUUGUUAAGAGAUUCUAUGGUGGUGUUGUACACCAAGAGAUUUCUUUUGUAAUCUUACCUGCAUUGUAUUAGACAGUAAAAAAACUUUCACUCGGUGACUGAAUAGAAUGAAGUCCAAAAGCAGCAUCAAACGAACACAUCAUUCUUGUCUGGUUGUAGGGAUCAUCAUGAAAAGCCUGCAAACAUCAUUAGUUGCUGCAAUCAAAUGAAUAAAGAGUAACACCUUGAGCUGAUGCAUGCUCAUUUUUGUCAACUGAAUUUAGCGGCCUCCAUCUCGAACUAGUGGGUGAGAUUUUUUAUAGGUGAAAUUAUGGUGUGACUGUCCCUUCUGGCCUGACGACGGC